AUGUUUCCCCGGUCCAUCCUACAACUCGGCUCUGAACCUCCAACGUACAGUUCCCAAGCCGUCUCAUCGAUCUGCCGGGCAAUUGUCAACCGCCAAAAUGUCGACUCUUCCCCGUACAUUGAGCAACCUGCGCAAGGUUGGCAUCAAGGAUUACUUCCGCCAAAUGCUGGCGACACCAAAUACGGCCGCCUGGUAGGCACCGAUCGCGCCGGCAACAAAUUCUUUGAAAACAUGGAAGAAUUACCCCUCCGUACACGCUGGGUCGAAUACGCCAAGCACGACUACGACGCCGCUCAGAUCGAACCCGGCUGGCACGCAUGGAUCUCGUACUCUGUGGACAAGCCGCCCACCGAGGAUGCGUUGAUCGCUACAGGCUUGAGGAAGUUUGAGAAACCAUAUGCCAUUCCGAACUAUACUCAGACUAGGGCCGCGUUCAAGACGUACAGCACGACCAAGCCCAAGGUUUCGGCAUGGGAGCCCGUUGCUGCGCAGAGGACGUAA